AAGAAGACACACCGUGUAUUUGGCUGGAGCUCUGUUUUUAUCAAGUGGUGAGGUGACAAACUCUGCACUGCUUUGUUCCUUCCUUGUUAGUUGUUACCCAUCCUUCCCCUCCUCUGCAAGUAAGGGUGGGUCAACGAUCGAUCGGACCCUCACCUUCUCCGUCCUCGUCGAUCCGCCCCACUCGACUUGCGCAUCCUAUCCGGACUCAGGAUUCAUCCCCUACGCACUAUCUACACGGGUUUGAAGGUUUAUAUUGCUGGCAGACUGUUCGUGGAGCCUUACUUGUAGGCGAUGGUGUUUCCCAAACACCAGUAGUGCUGUUUUUAUGUGCACUAGGGACUGUAAAUUGCUACAUCUGCAGAGACCAUGGCGCCAGCUGGUAGGUUGGUCGUACAGGUUGCAGGAGCGGACCUGGAGGACCUAUAUUGCCGAGGUACCACCAUGGCCUUUGUGGUCCUCAGCUUUGAUUCCCAGCAGUUUCGCACGAGUGUCAAGUACAAGAAACGUAUGUUCUCCCUAGAGUGGGAGUGGGACGAGCGAUUCUACUUCUACCCCCUGUCGUCUUCAUAUAAUGUUCAUAAUCUUGUUCUUGAAGCGAGUGUGUAUAGCACGGACGAAUCCUUCCCCGGUCAAAAUUCUUUCCAUGGCAAGGCCACAAUAAAUAUGAGCUCAUUCUGGCCGUUCAAUCCUUCUACACGGCCAUCCCGGUAUCCUCUGGAAAAGCGUUUCAUGCUCUUCCCUGUUGUGUCAGGGAAAUUGGAUCUAAAUGUAUACUAUGACCCCCCUGACUUCGACAGUGAUAGGGAGGACUCCAUCAGAGGCAAUUGGCUCCUUCAUGGCAACUAUCCAGCCCCAGUGGGGAUGUGUGUGGAGGUCGUAAGUGCUCAAAACCUCAGGCCCAAGGACGACAGAACUUCUGGUUGGACUUGCGUCGAGGUUUCCUUCGAUUUUUUCCGGCUCCGCACCGCAAACUGUGAGACAGAUGUGAAUCCGGUGUGGAACCAGCGCUUCUACUUCGACAUGUGGGAACCAUCUAAUCUUCAUCUCCUUAAUAUUGAAGCAUAUGUUUACCGAGUCGACACUUCGUUCAAACGUUCCAAGACCUUACUUGGGAAGGUCACAAUUGCUGGAAAAUCAUGCGGGCCCUUCUCUGAAGCUGUACUAUUAUUUCAUCCACUGGAGAAGCCUUCGAUGUUCUCGCUUGUGAGCGGGGAAUUAUGUCUGAAAGUGUACACCAUUGACUUGGGAAGCAUACCACAUGAUGAGAGUUCACUACCACUACCACGAGAUGUACUAUUCCAACAUUUUAAAGGAAUCACAAAUAACUUGGAAAGCAUAUCACAGGAUGAGAGUUCAAGACCGCGAGAUGUAUCAUUGCAAUAUUUGAAAGAAAUCACAAAUAACUUUACCGACGAGCGAAUACUAGGCCACGGUGGUUUCGGUGUGGUAUAUAAGGGUGUGCUACAAAAUGGGGAGAUUAUUGCUGUGAAGAAGAUAGCGUCGUCAUUCAUGCUUGGCCAGAAGCAAUUUGAGAAUGAGGUUUAUCAUCUUAUGAUGCUUAAGCACCCUAAUAUAGUGCGAUUCAUAGGCUACUGCUAUGAAACACGAAAUGAGUGUUUAGAGUACGAAGGGAAACAUGUUUUUGCAGAGACGCCGGAAAGGUUACUUUGCUUGGAGUAUCUAUCCAAGGGAAGCCUUGAUAAGUAUAUAACAGAUGAAUCUUCCGGACUUGAUUGGAGCACACGCUACAAAAUAAUCGAGGGGGUUUGCUAUGGCUUAUGUUACCUCCAUGAGCAAACAGACAAGCCUAUUAUUCACCUUGACUUGAAGCCUGCAAACAUACUGCUCGAUGAUGAUAUGGUGCCGAAAAUCACCGACUUUGGUUUGUCAAGACCGCUUGAUAAACAAAAAACUGUUUGCACUUCAUCUCGUGACGGAACAUUUGGUUACAUGGCACCAGAAUUUUUACAUGAAGGUAAAAUCACACCAAAGUCAGACAUAUUCAGUUUGGGCGUAAUAAUCAUGGAGAUAGUAAUAGGAGACAGGAACUAUCCAGAUACUGGAACACCUUCAGAUGACUUUAUGGAGCUUGUAAGGAAAACAUUCUCGCCGAGUAAAACGAGGUCUUUGUUUUACAUAAACGGUGUUGCGUUUUAUCUUUUGCACACUAGCAUUCUAGAUGUAUGUUUGGAUUCUACAUCUACAGACUCUUGGUAAAUGGAGAAAUAUGUCGCGCGAAUCAACAGGGGAAGCCAUCCUAGAGACAGAUUGCGAACAAAUAAAGAGAUGCCUCGAGGUAGGUCUAGUCUGUGUGAAUCCUGACCGCUCCAAGAGGCCUCCAAUAGCGAAGGUCAUCAGUAUGCUCCAAGGAUUAGAAAGUAUCACCUGCAGUUUUAGCAACGAGGCAGCAUCAUCAGCAGGCCAGGGUGUUGAGCCACAGGAUCGACCCAGGAAGAGAUCGCGCACCGGCAGGCAUUAGAUUGACUGGCUUCUUUGCGAGUAUUACUUGGUGUCUUGUUUGAUUCGUGUAUGUAUGCCGUGAUUUGCAAUUUUCCUCGUGCAGUUCACCAACAAAUCUUUGGGAGACGGUAGCAUGGGUUAUCUUCAACCCAUUUGGAUGACGAGCUAAUAAUAGGCUAGGUGUAUAGACAUCAUAGCCUGUUGCUAUCUUCGCCGGUUGUGGCAUCUUUUAUUUUCCUUUUUUGUUAAGCUCCGUUUGUGAGUCAGAUUUGAACCUCAGACUUUGUUCUGCAUUUUGUUUAAUAAUAUGGCUGCAUGCAUCAUUCUGAUGCAGAGGUCGUGGGUUAUCCUUAUUUUCCAAAAAAUAAAAAGUUCACCAACAAAUCGUUA